AUGGGAAAUCAAUAAAAAAAAAGGGAGUAAUAGAAUAACUCUUUAAAUACUCUAUAAGAUUUAAUGAAAUCUGACUUGAGUGCUCUAACUCAUAUUGACUUACAAUUAAAAAAUAGUAUUCUUAGUAACGAAUAAGUUGCUUAACUUAACAAUUGUUUAGUAUAAUGUAAAAAAUUAGAAUCUUUAAUACUAAAUCUUAAUAAGGAAAAUAUUUCAAAUGAUUAGAUAAAUUAAUUAUUUGAUAAAUAUCUCAACUUAAAGAAUUUUGUUGAAACUGGCUAUAAUAUGAGCAAUAAUUAAAUAUACACCCAAAUUUUGUUUUUCCUAAAUCAUUUUUAGAUUAAUCAUGGUUGUCAAGAACUUAGAUUAAAUGAUAUUGAACCUUAAGGAAAUAUUCUAUUAGAAGAAACUAUGAGUAAUCUAAUUAAUCUCAAAAGUUUAUAGUUAAAUUUAGAUGGAAAUUAAUUAGGAGAUGGGGGUUCAGUUUGGAUUUGCAAAGUAUUACGUAGAUGCAAAAGACUUAAAAACUUAAAUCUGCAGCUUUGGAAAAAUAAAAUAGGUGACAGAGGGAUAUCGAGCAUCGCAGAAGGUAUUAGUAGUUGUGCUAAACUCAUGACUUUAAAUUUAAAUGCAGUUGAAAAUAAUUAACUUAAGAAUUUAGAUUUUGGAAUGUACUUUAAUUAAAUUGGGGAUGAUGGAGCUUCUACUAUUGGUAAAGCACUUUAUAACUGCAAGGUCCUAACUAAUCUCAAAUUUGCAAUUUGGGGCAAUAAAAUCGGUGAUAAAGGAGCAUAAAAUAUUGGAUUAGGUUUGAGUAACUGCACUCAACUUACAAAUUUAGAAUUUGUCAUAAGCUAUAAUUAAAUUGGGGAUGAAGGAGCUUCUACUAUUGGUAAAGCACUUGGUAACUGCAAGUUCCUAACAAAUCUCUUAUUUAACAUUUCGCACAAUAAAAUCUGUGAUAAAGGAGCAUAAAAUAUUGGAUUAGGUUUGAGUAACUGCACUUAACUUAUAAAUUUAGAAUUUGUCCUAACCUUUAAUUAAAUUGGGGAUGAUGGAGCUUCUACUAUUGGUAAAGCACUUUAUAACUGCAAGGUCCUAACUAAUCUCAAAUUUGCAAUUUGGCACAAUAAAAUCGGUAAUAAAGGAGCAUAAAAUAUUGGAUUAGGUUUGAGUAACUGCACUCAACUUACAAAUUUAGAAUUUGUCAUAAGCUUUAAUUAAAUUGGGGAUGAGGGAGCUUCUAUUAUUGGUAAAGCACUUGGUAACUGCAAGUUCCUAACUAAUCUCAAAUUUAACAUUUCGUUCAAUAAAAUCUGUGAUAAAGGUGCAUAAAAUAUUGGUUUAGGUUUGAAUAACUGCAUUCAACUUAAAAAUUUAGAAUUUGACAUAGGCUAUAAUUAAAUUGCGGAUGAUGGAGCUUCUACUAUUGGUAAAGCACUUGGUAACUGCAAGUACCUAACUAAUCUCAAAUUUAACAUUUCGUUCAAUAAAAUCGGUGAUAAAGGAGUAUAAAAUAUUGGAUUAGGUUUGAGUAACUGCGCUCAACUUACAAAUUUAGAAUUUGUCAUAAGAGAUAAUUAAAUUGGGGAUGAUGGAGCUUCUACUAUUGGUAAAGCACUUGGUAACUGCAAGUUCCUAACAAACCUCUUAUUUAACAUUUCGAACAAUAAAAUCGGUGAUGAAGGAGCAUAAAAUAUUGGAUUAGGUUUGAGUAACUGCACUCAACUUACAAAUUUAGAAUUUAACAUAAGAAAUAAUUAAAUUGUGAAUUAUGGAGCUUCUACUAUUGGUAAAGCACUUGGUAACUGCAAGUUCCUAACAAAUCUCUUAUUUGACAUUUCGGGCAAUAAAAUCGGUGAUAAAGUAGCAUAAAAUAUUGGAUUAGGUUUGAGUAACUGCACUCAACUUACAAAUUUAGAUUUUUUCCUAAACUUUAAUUAAAUUGAGGAUGAUGGAGCUUCUACUAUUGGUAAAGCACUAGGUAAUUGCAAGUUCCUAACUAAUCUCAAAUUUAGCAUUUCGCACAAUAAAAUCGGUGAUGAAGGAGCAUAAAAUAUUGGAUUAGGUUUGAGUAACUGCACUCAACUUACAAAUUUAGAAUUUAUUCUAACGGAUAAUUAAAUUGGCGAUGAUGGAUCUUCUACUAUUGGUAAAGCACUUGGUAACUGCAAGUUCCUAACAAAUCUCUUAUUUGACAUUUCGUUUAAUAAAAUCGGUGAUAAAGGAGCAUAAGAUAUUGGAUUAGGUUUGAGUAACUGCACUCAACUUACAAAUUUAGAAUUUGUCCUCAUCCUAAAUUAAAUUGGGGAUGAUGGAGCUUCUACUAUUGGUAAAGCACUUGGUAACUGCAAGUUCCUAACUAAUCUCAAAUUUAACAUGUGGUCCAAUAAAGUCAGUGAUAAAGGAGCAUAAGAUAUUGGAUUAGGUUUGAGUUACUGCACUCAACUUACAAAUUUAGAAUUUGACAUUAGAGAUAAUUAAAUUGGGGAUGAUGGAGCUUCUACUAUUGGUAAAGCACUUGGUAACUACAAGUUCCUAACUAAUCUCAAAUUGAACAUUUCGAGCAAUAAAAUAGGUGAUAAAGGAGAAUAAAAUAUUGGAUUAGGUUUGAGUAACUGCACUCAACUAAGAAAUUUAAUUUUUAGCUCAGAGUAAAUUUGA